CCCAGCAUCCAAACUCUGACAACAGCCCCGUGGGCGUCCGAGACCCACUGACGUGUCGCUUCUCUGCGCGAUUUCGUCGCUCCCUCGUUCUUUCUUUUUUUUUCUUCUCCUCUCCAUCUGCCUCUUCUGCCUCUCCUUUCUUCCCCUCCCUGGAUCAGGAAUGGAGCCAGGGGCUGUAUCGGAAUGGGAGGGGCCCCUCCUGGGGUCCUUGAACUCGUCAGGGAUUCUGGAGGCGACGGCGUUUUCGAGGGCGCCGGCUCUCCUGGGAAACUCUUCCUAUAACUCUUCGGACUACAGCAUGCCGUUCCAGGGCAGCAGCACCAUGCUGACGGCCAUCAUCUCGCUGACCGUUUUUAUCGUGGGACUCGUCGGAAACACGCUGGCCAUCUACGUGGUCCUGCGCUACGCCAAGAUGAAGACGGUCACCAACAUCUACAUCCUGAACCUGGCCGUGGCCGACGAACUCUACAUCCUGGGCCUUCCGUUCCUCACCACGCAGAACGUGCUCUCCUAUUGGCCGUUCGGCUCCUUCCUGUGCCGCGUCCUCAUGACGGCGGACUCUCUGAACCAGUUCACCAGCAUCUUCUGCCUCACGGUCAUGAGCAUCGACCGCUACCUGGCCGUGGUGCACCCCAUACGCUCCACCAGGUGGCGACGGCCGCGGGUGGCCAAAGUGGUGAGUGCCGCGGUGUGGGCCAUCUCGUUCGUGGUCAUUCUUCCCGUUGUCAUCUUCUCCGACGUGCAGGACACGUUCUUCUCCUGCAACCUGAGCUGGCCGGAGCCGCGGGACGUCUGGUCCAUGGCCUUCAUCCUCUACACCGCCAUCCUCGGCUUCUUCGCCCCCCUGCUGGUGAUCUGCAUGUGCUAUCUGCUCAUCAUCGUCAAGGUGAAGUCAGCAGGUGCUCGUGCCGGAUUCACUAAGCGGCGGCGGUCGGAGAGGAAGGUGACGCGUAUGGUGGUGGUGAUCGUGGUGGUGUUCGUUCUCUGCUGGCUGCCGUUCUACAUCAUCAACAUCGUCAACGUCAUCGUCAUCCUGCCGGAGAACAGCCUGAUGGUGGGCAUCUACUUCACCGUCGUCAUCCUGUCCUACGCCAACAGCUGCGCCAACCCCGUCCUCUACGGCUUCCUGUGCGACAACUUCAAGCAGAGCUUCAGGAAGGUCCUGUGUUUCCGCAAGACCAACGGCGUGGAGGACGGAGACCCCAGCGUCCCGCGGACCGAGAAAAUCACCACCCACGACUCCUUCCUGCCCCCGAGAAACCACGAGUUUAACGGACACGUGCAGAGCAGCCAGGUGUGGCCUCGAACCCCGACUCCGCCCUCGACGUCCCCGGCGACUCCGCCCUCGACGUCCCCGGCGACUCCGCCCGCUCGCAGAGCACAGCUCCGCCUCCACCAGGCGCCAUCCACCGCUGCGAUGGAGAGCUCCAGCUACGACCUCUGACCUCAUACAGCCACCGCCAUGCAAUGCUACAGCCGUGGGGGUGGGGGGGGUGGGGGGUUGGGGGCAGAGCCUCGUCCUGAUUGGAGGAGGGAGGAUACUGCGGACGAACGAUUGGACGUUUGGAUGAAACGAAUGGAAAGAAGAGAGAGAGAGGAAAAGAGAGAAAGAGAAAGACUUUCUCUGGAGGUGGAGGUGACUUCCUGUGAAGUGCAUUGAAGUGAACUGCAUCGUUUUAAAGGGGCUGUCAACUCAACGUUGCUAAUAUUAACCCUAAAUAAACAUUAUUAAUUAAUUAUUAAAUACUAAUGAUCUUAAAUAUCGUAAAAUAUCCUUAUAAGGACUGUGUGGCCAUAUAAGGCCAGGGACGUAGCCGUGGCGAUAGCAAACAAUAAAAUACAACAAAACAAAAGCAGUGUUUGAAUUUUUAAAAGCUCUUUAUUUAAUAUUUUACGUGUAAAAUUAAUUUUAUACGGAGGUAAAGUUACGUCAGCCUGGAGUUUAAGUGUGAAAUUUGUGAAAUGUAUCAGUCAUGCCAACAUUGUUAGCAUUAGCUAAAUCUCAGAUAAAAUGUAACGUUAUAAGAACAUUCCCGGAGCGUUAGCAUGUAGCGUUACAGAAAUCACGUUAUUAGAAUGUUUUUAACAUAACAUUCUCAGCCAGAUUCAUACAUACAUACUCACAACGUUAUGGAAAUGUUAAAAAACGAAAACUAAAAACACAAAAUCAAAAAACAUUGACACUAGUGAUGUUGCAAUGACGUUACUUUAACCCUAAAAACAUAAAAAAAAAAAUGGUUAAAUGUUCUAAAAACAUAAAAAAGGUACAGAUUGAACAUUCUAAGAACGUUAAUAACUGUAAGGUCCAGAAAACGUUCCACUGAACAAACAUAGUUUUGCAUUUAAAGCAGAUUAAACAAUGUGGAUUGGGUAUUAUUAUUAUUAUUUUACUCAUGGAGUUUAUCGAUAUUUAUACAGUAUAUACUGUACUUUCUAUACAGUAUAUACUAUAUAUAGACAGAGUGCCCAGCUCUACUUUAAGCAGGGAAUUGAGUGGUCCAGCAUUCUUAAGCACAUCUACUAUGACAUUCUACUAGGAGAUUGAUGGUUCGAAUCCCAGUCAUGCAGCUUUGCAUCAGCUGCCGGAGCCCUGAGAGAGCACAGAUGGUGCUCUUUCCCUUUAUCACUCCUAGGGUGAUGCUGAUCAGCACAAGACUGCAUCUGUGAGCUGUUGUGUCGGAACCGAGUCCUCCGAAAAGAGGAUUAGUGAUGUUGCAAUGACGUUACGUGAACCUUAAAAAAAUAAAAAAUGUUUAAAUGUUCUACAAACAACCAAAAAAAUUGUACAGAUUGAACAUUCUAAGAACGUUAACUGUCCCAAAGGUCCAGAAAACGUUCCACUAAACAAACAUAGUUUUGCAUUUAAAGCAGAUUAAACAAUGUGGAUUGGGUAUUAUUAUUAUUAUUUUACUCGUGGAGUUUAUCGAUAUUUAUACAGUAUAUACUGUACUUUCUAUAUAUAGACAGAGUGCCCAGCUCUACUUUAAGCAGGGAAUUGAGUGGUCCAGCAGUCUAAAGCACUUCUACUAUGAGAUUCUACUAGGAGAUCGACGGUUCGAAUCCCAGUCAUGCAGCUUUGCAUCAGCUGCCGGAGCCCUGAGAGAGCACAGAUGGUGCUCUUUCCCUUCAUCACUCCCAGGAUGAUGCUGAUCAGCACAAGACUGCAUCUGUGAGCUGUAUUGGAACCGAGUCCUCCGAAAAGAGGCGGAGUCUGACUUUACAUGUAUCGGCAUCACUAGUGAUUGAGGAUAUAUAGCUGAGUAGCUGCUGUAUAGGUGGGAUAAUUAGCAAGAUAAUUUAAAGGGGGAAAAAAUGAGAGAAAAUAAUCGUAGAAAUAAGUCUUUUAAAAAAAGCAGUGAAUUGAUCAGACUGUGCUCUUCUGUUAGUAAGUGUGAACAGGCUCUGCAGGAAUGCUGACUUUGACGUGUCUUUUCUACAGCUGUUAAAAUGUCAGCUGAAACUCUGAAAGCUCUGGUUCUUUUGUGGUUCUUUUAAAGCUUUGGUUGGUGGGCGCUGUGGAUCAGGCUGAAUUGGUUUGCAGGUUUGGGGUUUUGACAUUUUGACAUUUUCACAUUGUGAUAACCCGGUCCAAAAAUGUCAGAGUGAUAGUGACGGUCCGGGAGGUAAAAAAUUUAAAAGGAAGUUAUUAUUAGAAAGUUUGAGCAGACCUACUCACACUCUAAUACUGAGAGUUUUAGCUGAACACAAGUUCAGCUCUCUCAGGGCUCCGGCAGCUGAUGGCAAGCUGCAUGACCGGGAUUCGAACCAUCGAUCUCCUGGUAGAAUAGUGCUUCAGACUGCUGGACCAAUUCCCUGCUUAAAGUAAAACUGGGCACUCUGUCUAUAUAUAGAAAGUGCAGUAUAUACUGUAUAAAUAUCAAUAAACUCCAUGUCUGUAAUUGGGUGUAGAUUGCCAGUUGUGCUCUCCUUGGGCUCUGGCAGCUGAUGGCAAGCUGCAUGACCGGGAUUCGAACCAGCGAGCUCCCAAUUAUAGUGGCAGUGCUUCAGACCGCUGGACUACCCAUCGCCAAUGGUCGUUCCAUUUCUGAAGUUCUGAAGUAUUUUACGUUCCUUAUGUUUUCUAGGAAUACACCAUAGAAGGUUAAAAUUACCACCCCCAGUGGACAGCGCAGUGCACUGAAAAAAAUGAUGC